ACGGUAUUCCCGAGCGCAAACGAAGUUGUGAAUUUAAAAACCCAUUGAUUAUUUAGUCAAAUUUCUUGUCUUUUAAAUUCAUAAAAAAUUCUAAAAAAAAUGUAAAUAAUUUUAAAAUCAGUUCUAUUAUUAACUUUUUUAAUUGUUGUAUUCUGUUUGAAGAACACCGAGAUCGGCGGCCUAGCAGGUCUGCCGCAGAGCCCUCAUCAUGCCACCCGUAAUUAUGCAGCGUUCUGCUGGGGUCGAUGCCGCCGCGCCUGUACUCGGUGGCCUCACAGCCCACAACACCUCGAGGGUCUACUCUCCGGUCACUCUGAGCUCAGAGUGGCCAACAGUUGGCAGGCUUUUGUUUGUGGUCUCGUGCUCUUGUCUUGGUACUAUCCUCAACGGCUUCUUCGUAUCUUCGUUCUUUGUGGAGUUCACCCUGAAGAAAGUUGGUAACGUCUUUCUGGCUUGCGUUGGUCUCGCAGACCUUAUUAUGACGUCUAGUGUGAUGCCUAUUUCUGGUGUGGUGUUGCUGUCCGGAGAAUGGGAUACUCUCGAAGUUUGUCGUGCGCUGCAGUUCCUCGGUCAAGCCUCUACAUAUUCAUACAGCUUGUUCUUUGCUAUGGCUGCAAUAGAAAACUACUAUCGACUAUGCCGCUCAAGCGAUGAAUAUGUCAUGUUUAUCUCGAUGCACACUAGCUGCACCUGCGUCUUCAUUUUUGCGUUGUCCUUCUGUCUUUCAGCAGUUGGAGUCUUCUUGAAUUUAGAUUACGAUUAUUGCUUGCGGACCGACUACGGAAAUUUUGCCUUCAGGAUUACUACUCUAAUAAUUUUUCACGCUGUACCUCUUGUUGUAACGUAUGUAGGUUUUCUGAUAUGCGCUAUACACAUUCGCAAUCGCGCUGCUAAAGAGCUCCCCUACAGACGCUCGCACCAGUACGAACGUGAUUAUUCCAGGACUCAUUUGGAUAUCGCGGUCUAUUCACUGCACGUUCUCGCUUGGAUUCCUUAUCUCAUCGUUGUCUACGACUACCCUAACGCCCCCGAUUAUAAGUUCUACCAUAGCACCUGGAUCGCGGUGUGCCGUCCCGUCCUCACAAAUUUCUUGUACUGCGCUAUUAAUCGUAACUUCAGACGUGCGUUUGCUCAUCUCUACUAUUAUUGUUGCUGCAAAAGUUCCACAACUCGAUCGUUUAGUACCCGCCACCGUCGUAUUAUUUGUGAGUGCAAGAUGCCUAUUUCCGAUGUCCGCGUUCAUAUUAUGCACCAGGCGCUCAGCUCCAAUAGCCCAGCCCGCGGUGCUUCUUCGUGUAGGGAGAUGCAGGAAUUAUGAUCAUUCCGAUCAAGCCCGGUGAGAACGCACAAGAAGAAGGUGAGAUUCGCGAAAACAACGGCACGGGUCUAAAAACGGAUAAACGGCUUGCAACUAAUGGAAAUAUUACAGUUUUAAUUUUUGUGCUCCCUACAUUGUGGUUAAAAAAAUUCAAACCUUUUAUCGUUUUAACAUUACUAAUUGAUCAAUUGUAAUAUCUACUCGUCAUUUCAUUUUUAUUUUGGAACUCCUCACGCUUGAGGACCUUUUAGUAUCUUCCCGUGUUACGCUUUUGCUUUUGAAAUAAAAAUCCAAUAAAACAUAGCUCCACUUCAAUUUUUAUCGAUAAACGUAAAUGUGUGUGUUAGAUUAGAUUGGUGUUCUUAAUAUACUCGUACCGUAGUUCAAUAUUAAUCCCUUUAAUGGACAUAUAUUAUAAUCCUGUAUGUUUAUUGAUGUUGUUAAUAAAAGUUCGUAGAGUGUCGAUAACCGAAUCGUAUUCGUGAAAGUCUGAAAAGUAACCAUGACUGGCUUGAACACAAAGUGAAUGAUAAGCGCAUUAAGCAGGAGUAUCAAAAGCCACUCGAUGGAAUUGAAAUGAACAUAGUUCUUAGUCGUAUUUUCGUUGUCGAUGUGUUCUUAAUGUGAAAAUGCUUUACGAAAAUGUGCUAUGUGCAUAAGUAUAUGUAAUGUUUUAGAUUUAGAAUGUCUGGCUAAUGUAGACCUUUGUUAAUUAAUGUUUUUAUUUUAUUUUUAUUCUGUUAUAAGCUGUAAAUAGAAUAACACAUAUUGUAUAACAUAUAUCAAUUUAUUUUUGAUUUACCUUUAAUUUUAUAUGAAAGCUAUUUUAUUAUUAUUUGGUUGUAUUUUUGGGCAAUAUUUACUUUAC